AAGCAGUCAAAUUGAUAGAGAAAGGCUCAUCGAGGGGUGCCUACUCGGUCUAUCGUGCGGUCCAAAAUCACUAAAUCAGGCCGCUCCUCCGCACCAAUGAAAGGCUUGAAGGUGGCGGCCGGCUUGCUGGCCAGGCUCGUCGAAGCGGAGGGCCGUAGCUUCGCCCCUGCUCGCUACCAUGAUAGUUUCAGAGGCAUCUGCUCUCUCGCGAGUAGUAUCAGUAAGCCUAUCGACGACGAUGAUCUUCAAAGCCAGGUGCUGGUGGAAGGCAAAGCGCAAUUCAGGACCGCCAUUCUCAACCGGCCUUCGGUUCUCAAUGCCCUCAACUUGAACAUGGGAUCUAGAUUGAACAAUUUGUACACGUCCUGGGAAGAUGAUCCGGAUAUUGGAUUUGUGGCGAUGAAGGGCAGUGGCAGGGCAUUUUGUGCUGGUGGGGAUAUGGUUGCUGUUUAUCAUCUUCUGAAUCAGGGGAAGCGGGAGGCUUGUAAAGACUUUUUCGCCACAUUAUACCAGUUCAUUUACCUUCUAGGUACAUAUUUGAAGCCACAGGUAGCCCUUCUGAAUGGCGUUACCAUGGGUGGUGGUGCUGGAGUUUCAAUUCCUAGCACAUUUCGUUUGGCAACUGAAAGAACUGUAUGCAGAUAGUAGUAGUACCUUAUGAAUUUUUAAUUUCCAAUGCUCUUUUGAGUCAUUGAAGCUUUUCCUUUCCAAGUGAUCUCAUGGUGAUCUGGUGCAUCAUGGUCUGUGUACUUUGUCAAUAACAAAGGAGAAAAUAACCAGAUAUGCCGUGCUGAUCUGCAGAUUUUUGCUACUCCUGAAACCCUUCUUGGUUUCCACCCUGAUGCUGGUGCAUCCUUCUACCUUUCACAUUUACCUGGUCAUUUAGGGGAAUAUCUGGCUCUUACUGGGGAGACACUAAAUGGAGUUGAAAUGAUCGGUUGUGGCUUGGCUACACACUACACUCACAGUACAAAGUUUCGGUCAGUUGAGGAGCGGUUGGGGAAUCUGAUCACUGAUGAUCCUUCUGUCAUUGAAACUUCAUUAGAAGAGUAUGGUGACCUCGUCCAUCCAGAUAGCACAAGUGUAAUUCACAGGAUUGAAGCUGUUGACAAAUGUUUCAGUCAUGACACAGUUGAAGAAAUCAUAGACGCUUUGGAAACUGAGGCUUCAAAGACAAAUGAUCCAUGGUGCAACUCUACUCUUAGAAGGCUAAAUGAAUGCUCCCCACUGAGUUUGAAGGUUUCCUUGAGAUCAAUAAGGGACGGUAGACUUCAAACGCUUGAUCAGUGCUUAGUCCGUGAAUAUAGAAUGUCUCUACAGGGUAUGGCCCAGCAGGACUUGCGUGAGGGUGUCCGUGCACGGCUUGUUGAUAAAGACUUGGCACCAAAGUGGAAUCCUCCGAGGUUAGGGCUGGUGACAGAAGGCAUGGUGGAUCAGUAUUUUUCUUUGUUAGAUGGAGAACGUGAUCUAGAACUGCCAAUACAACAGCGGGAAGCAUUUACAUAGCGAACUCCAGCAGCAGCAUGAUUUCGUGUUUAAUAUUUUGCAAACUGGUGUGUUAGUCAGAUCGGGCAAAAAGUCUUAUGUCACUCAGGAUUUUGGGUGCUUAGGCCAGUUAGUCAUUGUAUUUGGAAGUGCCCGUCUAGUUAGGAUGAUACUUAGAAACGCCGAAGGAGGCGGACGGCCUAAAUAGAAUGACCAGAUUUAUCAAGUGUGAGUCAACUUGAUGCUUUAAAGCAACAGUUUCAUAACCAUGUCACUUUCGCUGGGGUCAAUCGGCGGGUUUGGAUUGGGUUCAAUCGGGUUAUGGGUUUGUCAGGUUUUGGGUUUGUUGGAUUAUGGGUUAGUCAGGUUUUG